AUUAUUUCAGCUUUCGCUGUGUCGGCAUUAGCAUCAAACUGGGAACGUGUUGGUAAACCAUUCAAUCCACUUUUGGGAGAAACGUACGAACUGCAAAGGAAAGAUUUCAAAAUUUUAUGCGAACAAGUAUCGCAUCAUCCACCGAUUUCUGCUUUUCAUGCAGAAUCUUCUUACUACAAGUUCUAUGGUUCGAUUAACCCAAAAAUAAAGUUCAUGGGAAAAAGUAUAAACAUCCAGCCUAAGGGAGUGGUCACUGUUGAGCUGACCAGAUGGAACGAGGCCUAUACGUGGAGUUAUGUUAACUGCUGUGUACAUAAUGUAGUUGUAGGUAAACUAUGGAUUGAACAGCUUGGAACAAUGGAAAUAAAGAAUCAUUCGAAUGGUUACCGUGCUAUUUUAGACUUUAAAGAAGCCGAAAGAAGUUCUUCCAAAGAGGCUAACCAAGUGUUUGGAAUUGUUGAAAACGAUGAAAAAAAAGUGAUAUAUAGGUUAUUUGGAAAAUGGAACGAUUUUCUUAAAUGUGCAUCAGAAGAAGACUACCAGCUCAAUAUGCAGCAAAAACACGUUAACGAAUCAAUGUCAUCCCAUGACCGAAACGCCAGGAAGUUAUUUUCAAAGUUGAACAGUUUUAAAAUGCCAUUAUUUUUAGGCGCAAGUAUUGAAGAUGAUCAAGUUGGAACAUCAGAGCUUAAUUCUUUAAGCCUUAGAGAAUAUAUUGAUAUAUCUUCCGAAAUUAAAUCAGCUUUAUUGUGGAAAUGUAAAGAGCGACCUCUUUAUAGCGCUAAGUAUUAUCAUUUCACAGAUUUCGCUAUGCAGCUUAAUGCUAUCAACCCAAAUACAACGCAACCUUUGUGUAACACCGAUUCACGACUUCGCCCAGAUAUACGAUAUCUCGAAGAAGGUGAUGUAACAGCCGCAUCUGCUCAAAAAAACAGAUUGGAAGAAAAACAACGUGAUGCGGAACGAUUACGGAAAGGACGAAAUAAUGACUCAUGGAAGCCUCGAUGGUUCAAAUUCGAUGUUAAUCCUUAACAAAACAUGAAGACUGGACUUACACUGGAGGUUAUUGGGAGCGAAGCUAUGAAACUACAUCCCAAAUUUUUUAACGAAAUGUGUAAACAUGUGUACUAGUACUUGUGUAAAACUGUUACUAAUGAGUAAUGCUUAUUUAGUUUAAAAUAAAUUAAAGGGUGUUUCAAAGAA